UAUCACACACUAACCUUGUCUUGAUCAUUUGCCAAGACAACCAUUGAAUUGUCUGUUAUUUACUUCAGUUUCUGAAGGUUAACCAUGUUGCAGAAUUUUGUGCGCCAGUUCCUUCUUCUUAGUGAAAUUGCAGCAAAUGUGGUAAAAACAUUCCUAGAAAAUAAAUAUCAACCUGAUGAUUUCAAGACAUUCCUAGAGAAUAAUAAAAUCUUACUCUACCAUUUACACGAUAAUCACAGAAGCGGUUGUUGUACAUGUAUCAAUUUACCUAGGCAGCAAGUCAUUCGAAAAGUACAGUUUGACAAGCUUUUCGUCACCAAUGGACAACAUUGUCAAAAACUUGCUCAAAAGUGUCAUUGUAAAUUCAUUGCUAAUCCUGGUAUUCAACUGGUAGAUGUUGAUCUAACAUUGUUAAUUUGCCUUUUAAACAACUGUUAUAUUCUGAAUCCUCAACAAGAACAGUGUGUUACUGACAUACGAACUGUCAGAAAUGAAAUCGCCCAUUUUGCACACGAUAAUGACAUUGACAAUAUAACGUUUAAUAUUAUGUGGGGAAAAGUAACGAAUGCUACUAUACAUUUGGCUAUGUGUAUCAGUCCGAGUUAUUCUACAGAAAUACAGGAUAAAAUAAGACAACUAAAGGAAAGGACAAUAUCACCAGUCGAGUACACCGAUGCAUUACUAGAAAUUUGUCAAUGGAAACUUAACCAUGAUGAGAGUACUUCAAAGAUAUUCCAUCUACUUCAAGUUAUGCAACUUCAAAAUGUAACCCGUGAUGAAGAGAUCAAACGUAUGGAAAUAAGAAUCUUAGAUGCUAUUAGUAAUCAGAGGUCAACAGAAAAUCAAUACAAUUCCAUUAGAUUAGCUCCGGACGAAACAGAAGUAAAAACAGGUGAUCAGUCAGGCGACGUUUCCUGUCUUCGUGGUCUUGAUGAAGAUGAUGUUAAGUAUUUCAAGUUGUUUGGUGAAGUACAGGAACUGUGGAAGAAUGGUAGUAAAGAUGAAAAUGGUGGUAUUCUAUACUCAGUCCUUGUAUAUUUUGUUUUACAUGGGUCAUCAACGGAAGACGAUAUCGAUUAUGAAAUUCUAACUAAAAUUUAUGAAAGUAUCUACAAAAGAAGUGUUUCUAUUGAAACUGCUUCCAUAAAAACGUGCUUAGCGGAACUUGUACCAAAAUAUCUGGAUCAGAUUGAUGAAAAGUUUACACCUUGUAGUAUAAAUGUUGUGAAGUCAGUAAUAUACUCUUUUGGAAAUGAAUGCUGUGAAUGCUUUGUUCAGUAUUGCAGUCCUGAUAUUUUGUUGGAUAAUGUGAUACCGAGUGGUACGAGUACCGAUAAUUUUCAUGUAUCUGUUGAUGCUAGCGUACUUGUACCUGUACUUGUUCAGAGAAUGUUAAGUACUUCUGUAGCAAAGUCUAUCGGGAAAUACGUAUGCAUUUUAACACAUAUUCAUGAGAAUGUUGAAACUGCCAAUUUAUUCAUUGACGAACUGGAACAGAGUGACGAAAGUUUCACAUCAGAUCAUAUGAUUUGUCUUUUAGAUGGUCUUACAAAAAUGGGAAAAGAAUUUGAAAUAUUCGAAAAAUUAGAAAAACUCUUUAACGUAUUCUGUCGUCAAGUUGAUGAAUUCGGAAACACGUUAUUUCAUUAUUUGGUUGCCCGGUUUCCGGAAUCAAAAAGAUUUAAUUCAUACAUUAAGUUCUUCUGUGAAAGUAAUAUAGUGGUAAUGCAACUAGAAAAUGAUGAAAAAUACACCGCGAUAGACUUUGCAUCUUAUCAAGGAAGAUAUGACGUCAUUGCAGACGUCUUGUGUAAUAUAGAUAAUACAGAAGAUAUAAUUGCCAGAAUUUUAAAUAUGGUAAAGGAUGGAGUUGAUUCACUCCAGCAUAUGAACUCAGAAUCAGAAGUUGCGUGUAAAUUGCAUCUUUCAGCAGAGACAGAUAUUUCACUUGGUGACAGUCAAGAUUAUGAAAAUAUUCUUGACAUAAUAGGAAGACGUGAAAUCGUUGUUUUCAAUGGUGGGAAUACACAAGACGAAGACGAUGAAAAACGCCCUAGUAAAAGGAAAGAAGAGACAUCAUCCAAAAGCGCAGAUGAUAUGUCAAAAAGCAUUGGAGAAGGUAUAAUUGAUUUGGUAAAGGAAAUCAACAAGAGCCUAAAUGUAAUCACUAAAUUUCCUAAUUUGGUUCAAACAAUUCACCAGGCGAUACAAAAUGAAGACAAACAUUAGAUAUUACUUUGUAGAAUCAGUUCAUGGUAAUUUUGAACGAUCAAACGUCGUAUCAGAUAUGACAAUAAAAACAUAAAGUUUUCUUUAUAGAUGCUACUUUCAGUGAAUCGAACGUGGUAAGGGUAUAUAUUAUAGUGCAUGUUAGUUCGAGACGUUAGUUCUUUUUAUUGUAUUACAAAACGUGGGAAAUAAAAUGUAAUCAAAUGUUUAAA